ACUCCUUUUUCUCUAGCCAUUUUGUGGCCACAAUGCAUGCCUCAAAAUGGUGUAUAAAAUCUAUCGCCUCCAUUGCAUUGAACCAUCAUUAGUAAUCUUCUCUCCUCUCCUCCUCAUAAUUCAAAGUUCAGUCUCCAAUUCCUUUCACCAUCACCUGUUGUCUUUUCUCCUCUCCUCCCUAUAUUCAAAGUUCAGUUUGUCUAAACCCUUUACUCAAAACAUGAUGCACUCAAAGAGGAUCAUGGAGACUGCUCGCAAAUGGAAGAAGCAUGCGAUGAGACAAAGGAUUAUCACAUUUCUGCAGUUUGGGGGAUACACUUUAGUGAGGAACUCAAAGGAUCUCUUCCUCAGUUUCGGGUUUAAAACACAACCAGUGCUGAUUGGGCUAUCAUUUUUCAGCAUACCGUCAUACCCCUGCAGCAUCUCGUAAGCUUCGGCCUUAAUCUUGUUAGUCGAGCCUUCGAAUUUCAGGUUUACAAAGUCCUCUGUUCAUUUUGUGAAUACGUUUAUCUUACAUUUGAGCUUUUUUCAUAUAUGGAUUCACGCAUUUGAUGAAUAAAUAUUCAUUUACUUUUUAACUAUCUACUUUUUACCUAAAUUCUUUUUCAGGCUGAUGCUUUCGCGAAGAAGCUCGCAUGUAGCACUCCUCUAAGAGCUGCACUCAUAAAACUGCAGGUGAUUCUCUCUGCUAAAUGCGCAUUUGAAGCUGUACCUUUCAUUUCCUUUUCAUAGUACGUGACAAGAACCUACUGGUCAAAAAAAUAAAAAACCUGACAUGAACUUAAUGACCCACAGGAAGAAAACCUCUCGGCCAUGAACACAGACCCUUGGUAUUCAGCCUACCACUAUUCUCAUCCUCCUCUAGUCGAAAGGCUUGCAGCACUCGAUAUCACAGACAAGAAAGACAGCUAGUGAAUCUCACAACUCACAGUUAAAGCAACCACAAAUGAAUACUGGAGAAAGUUCUGGCUGUUGGCAUUUCCAUCGAUGCCUUGUGGGUAUACAAGCAGCUGAAACCUCGUGACAUUGUAAUGAAUAGGUACUUGGUGCAUCUGUUGUAUCAUUUUAAUCUUAUACAAAAGAUUAUGACUUCCAUAAGACUGAAAAUAGUAAGAAAUUUAGGUCUAA